AUGACAACAAUUUUGUUCACUCGAUUGGUUAUAAAUUUAAUUUCUCUACUGAUAACAUUCCCUGGAUGCACGUUCAUAUUAGUUGUCAAUAUUCUGGACUGGAUGAAGAACAAAAGGCUGGAUAUAAGUGAUCAACUCAUCUCUGGGAUUACUCUAUGUAUCCUUGUUCACAGGCUGCAACAUACAAUCUUCCGCAGCAUGGAAUUCUGCACUUUGCUCUUCUCCACAUGGCUCGCCAUUCAUUUUUGCCUGAAGAUUGUGAGCAUCAACCACAAAGUCUACAUUUACAUUCAGCGUAGGUUCUCCAAGAUGUUCCCAUGGAUCCUCCUUCCAUCCAUCUUUGCUUCAGUUACUCUAAGUGCUCCUGCUGCCCUGAGAUUGACACAAGAACAAAUUCUAAACUCUACCCAGACUGCACAGAAUCUAGGCCAUAUAUUCUUAGAAUUUCUUCCGUAUGUUGUGUUUUCUCUUUUGUGUUUUUUACUGUUUUUCAGUUCGGCUCUGAAUAUCAUUUUAUCUCUGCAAAGACAUAUUAAACACAUAAAUGAUAACACCAUAGCAUUAAGAUCUGAGAUAGUAAAAGCUCAUGUCACUGCCGUGAGGACCGUUGUCUCCUUACUUACUUUUAAUCUCUUCUAUUUUGCUUUACUGCUCAUUUCAAUCUUAGCAUUUUUCUAUCAAUUUCAGACACAAUUUAUCUCUUACUUUUAUGCAUUAUGUCAUAUUUGUGGCGUACCGAUAUUAGUACAAGGAAGCAGCAAGCUACGGAAAAAGUUCCAUGCUAUUUGGAUCUGUUUUUCUUCCUUCGACAAGACUUAG